GCCCGGCACCGGAAGGAGGAGCCUCAUCUGUUUCAAUGGUGCAACUCUCUUCAUCUCCUUUUGGUUACCAGUCACCUUCAGGCCAUUCAGAGGAGGGAAAGCAGAGGACGAUGAAGUCAGCCAAGCCCCAAGUGAACCACAGUCAGCAUGGGGAAAGCCAGCGGGCGCUGAGCCCCUUGCAGUCUGCCCUCAGCUCUGCUGCCUCUCCUUCCCAAGCAUAUGAGACAUAUAUUGAUAAUGGACUCAUAUGCCUUAAACACAAAAUCAGAAACAUCGAGAAAAAGAAGCUCAAACUGGAAGAUUACAAAGAUCGCCUGAAAAAUGGAGAGCAUCUUAAUCCAGACCAGUUGGAAGCAGUUGAGAAAUAUGAAGAAGUGCUACAUAACUUAGAAUUUGCCAAGGAGCUUCAGAAAACCUUUUCUGGACUGAGCCAAGAUCUACUUAAAGCGCAGAAGAAAGCCCAGAGAAGGGAGCACAUGCUAAAACUUGAGGCUGAGAAGAAAAAGCUUCGCACUAUACUUCAAGUUCAGUAUGUAUUACAGAACUUGAUGCAGGAACAUGUACAGAAAGACUUCAAAGGGGGCUUGAAUGGUGCAGUGUAUUUGCCUUUAAAAGAACUUGACUACCUCAUUAAAUUUUCAAAACUGACCUGUCCUGAAAGAAAUGAAAGUCUGAGUGUUGAAGACCAGAUGGAGCAGUCAUCCUUGUACUUUUGGGACCUUUUGGAAGGUAGUGAGAAAGCAGUGGUAGGAACGACAUACAAACACAUGAAAGAUCUACUCUCUAAAUUGCUGAACUCAGGCUAUUUUGAAAGUAUCCCAGUUCCAAAAAAUGCUAAGGAAAAAGAGGUAUCAUUGGAGGAAGAAAUGCUAAUAAAAUCGGAGAAGAAAAAACAGUUAUUGAAGACUGAAUCUGUUAAAGAGUCAGAGUCUCUUAUGGAACUGGCACAACCAGAGAUACAACCACAAGAGUUUCUUAACAGACGCUACAUGACAGAAGUAGAUUAUUCAAGUAAACAAGAUGAAGAGCAAUCUUGGGAAGCAGAUUAUGCUAGAAAACCAAAUCUCCCCAAAUGUUGGGAUAUGCUUACUGAACCAGAUGGGCAGGAGAAGAAACAGGAAACCUUCAAGUCCUGGGAGCCUUCUGUGAAGCACCAGGAGGUAUCAAAGCCUGCAGUUUCCUUAGAACAGAGGAAACAAGAGAUUCCAAAACUCAGGUCCACUCUGCAGGAAGAGCAGAAGAAGCAGGACGUCUCCAAAACCAAACCAGCUCCUGGCCAGUGGAAGCAGGAAGCUUCCAAAUCCAAAGCAGGAUACAUUCAAGAGGAACAGAAGAAGCAGGAAACACUGAAGCCUUGGCCAGUUCAGCCACAGAAAGAACAGGAGCCAAAGAAGCAAACACCAAAGUCUUGGACACCAUCUGUACAGAGUGACCAGGACAUCACCAAAUCAUGGACCUCUCCCACGUGUGAAGAACAGGAUUCAAGACAUCCAGAGACUCCAAAAUCCUGGGAAAACAAUGUUGAGAGUCAGAAACACCCUUUAACACCACAAUCACAGAUUUCUCCAAAGUCCUGGGGAGUAGCUGCAGCAAGCCUCAUACCAAAUGACCAGCUCCUUCCCAGGAAGUUUAAUACAGAACCCAAAGAUGUGCCUAAGCCUAUGCAUCAGCCUGUAGGUUCUUCCUCUACCCUUCCAAAGGAUCCAGUAUUGAGGAAAGAAAAACUGCAGGAUCUGAUGACCCAGAUUCAAGGAACUUGUAACUUUAUGCAAGAAUCUAUUCUGGAUUUUGACAAACCUUCAAGUGCAAUUCCAUCGUCACAGCCGCCUUCAGCUACUCCAGGUAGCCCAGUAGCAUCUACAGAACAGAAUCUAUCCAAUCAAAGUGAUUUUCUUCAAGAGCCAUUACAGGCCGCUUCUUCUCCAGUUACUUGUAGCUCAAAUGCUUGCUUGGUUACUACUGAUCAGGCUUCUUCCGGAUCUGAAACAGAGUUUAUGACCUCAGAGACUCCUGAGGCAGCAGUUUCCCCAAGCAAGCAACCGUCUUCACUAGCUUCUCCAAAUCCUCCCAUGUCAAAGGGCUCUGAACAGGGCUUCCAGUCACCUCCAGCAAGUAGUAGUUCAGUAACCAUAAACACAGCACCCUUUCAAGCCAUGCAGACAGUAUUUAAUGUUAAUGCACCUCUGCCUCCACGGAAAGAACAAGAGAUAAAAGAGUCCCCUUACUCAUCUGGCUACAAUCAAAGUUUUACCACAGCGAGUACACAAACUCCACCCCAGUGCCAACUGCCAGCUAUACACGUGGAACAAACUGUCCUUUCUCAAGAGACUGGUAAG